AUGGUAGAGCUGUGGCCAGCUUCUACUGGAUUAGGUGAAGCAUCUAAAUUUGGGAUCUUUGGGAAAGAAAAGGAAUUCAUGGAUGCUUCGCUAUACGUCGUUCCGAAGGCAUCAUUCUAUGGUUUGGGUGGAAUAGGGAAAUUUGUUUUCAAUCUUGAGAGAAUUGGAAAAGAGCUGGGAAAUAAAGAUAAAACAACUGCAAGAGACAAGCAGCAAAAUCUGCAGCAGAAAAGUGAGAUAGCAGCUGCACAGCAUGUGGAAGAGACCAGACAGCUAAGUGACUACAAGCGAGUAGCAGGGAAGUCGAGAUCCAAUCACAUGGAUGUGAAAGCCAGCUUCAAAACUAAGAGAAAAAACUGGAAGACAGGAGCAUAG